AGGGUUUUCGGUUUAAAGCUUUGCUUCUGUUUAAAUAUGGGCGGUGGAGAGAAGAAUACAGUGAGGAGCUUCCAUUUACACCUACCGAAUCUUCACCAUCAUCAUCAUGGGAAGAAGAAAACAAAGGAUGUGCCGAAAGGGUGUUUGGCUAUCAAAGUAGGGUCAACUGAGGCGGAGCAAGAGAGAUUCGUGGUGCCGGUUAUUUACUUCAACCACCCUUUGUUCAUGCAGCUGUUGAAAGAAGCCGAGGAGGAGUACGGGUUCGACCAGAAGGGCACCAUCACAAUCCCUUGUCCCGUAGAGGAGUUUAGGAAUGUUCGGGGCUUGAUUGAUGGCGACAAAUCCCUUCUUCUUCUUCUUCAUCAUCAUCAUGUCGGUUGUUUUAGGGUUUGAUGAUAAAAAAAUUAU